UCUCGGUCCGAGACAGCAUCGCAGAGGCCAGUGACGUGUUGGCCGCGGUGUGGAGUGGUUAUGCGGUGCGCGCUGUGGUGUGGUGCACGUGACUGCUUACUUCACUUAUCGAAAUAACACAUUACAUCCAUCAAAUCUUUGAAAGAACAUUACGAAGGACUACAUUCCUCAGUGGCCGGUGAUGUAUAUUUGAGACUUAGGAGACACGCCAUGAUCGGUCAACGUACAAUGUUGGCGUUCAUACGGGCAAGACACAUCCCUUCCCUCUCUCCCUCUUCCUCCUCCUCAUGCCCCUUGCUCCUGGCGCUCCUCCUGCUGGCGGGGGCGGGGCAGGGACGUCUCAUGGACACCUGCGAGAUACGGCCCCGCCAGGUGACCCUCAACCCUGAUGCCGAGGCCUUCAUUGGCGUGGUGGUGGGCGCGUCACGGGCGGGCGAUGGCCUGUACGGAUGCGGGCAGUGGCGUGGCGCGGGCAUAGCAGCCUACAAUGCCCUCAGGUGGAGUCUGGCAAGAAUCAACUUGGACACAGGCGGCCUCGGCUCCAGGAUCGUCAGUGACUCCUUCGUUCCUGGGGUGAAGUUUGGCCUACAUGUGUACGAUUCCUGCGGGCGUGACUCGAGGGCGGCUGAGGGCUUGGGCGAGGUGUUCCCGGUGCUGCGUGAGGGGCCUUCAUCAGCCUCCUCGUGUCCCUCCGCCUCUUCCUCCGUCUCCUCCUCAUCCAACGACACCCUUCGAUCCUUGGGCGUGAUGGAUCUGACGGGCGCCACAGCCACCCACCCCAGCCUGGCUUCCCUCCUGCGCCAGUACAAGGUUCCCGUGCUUCACCUGCCGCCCGCCACCCUGCUGCCGCCCCUGCACAGAGGACAGGCGCUGGUGGAGUUCCUCGGUCAGCUCGGGUGGACCUCCGCCAGCCUGCUCACGGCCCAAGACCAGUACUCCCUCAGCGUCGCCAAGGUAGUGACUGAGGAGGCGCCUGCAAGAAACGUUUGUCUUAGCACUGUGGUGAAGGUCCCGUCCCUCACGCAGGACGAUCCCCAGCCCGACCCAGCCCAGGUGGAGCUGCAGUACCGCCACCUUGUGAGGACAGCGGUGGCCAGCGGGCGUGUGUCGGGCGUGGUGGUGGUGGCUACGGGUCAAGUACUCCUUCAGAUUCUGCGAGCCAUGCAAGCUGAGAGCUCCAACACCCGCAGCUUGGUGUGGCUCUUGUCUGACUUGCCCGAAGAUGACCUUGACCUGGUGCGGGACAUAGCGCGUCUGGUUAAGGGACUGCAGGUGGUGGGCACUGCACCACCUGCCUUUGAGGAGUUUGAGGAGCACUGGAGGACCCUUCAGGACGUCAAGCUAGAGCCCACCCCAGACAAUGAGUGGGUGUUAAGUUACCUGCAGCAGGAGAAAGGCUGUUCACUGGACCCUGAGCUGGUUGACAUAGAAGAGAAUGGCACUGUCAAGCCUCCACCAGUGUGCCUAUCCUUUCGCAUGAAAGAGGAUGAACUUGACAUUCUGGCACGCACCCGAGCUGUCCUGGCGCCGGUACAUGGUCUCUUCACUCUCCUCACUGCCCUCAAGAAUGCGUGGCGACUCAAGUGCAGGAACAGGCGAGGUGCUUGUCCCAAACUCCAGGAGAUGAGUCAUGAGGAACUUCUGUCAGACUACCUGGGUCCCCUGAGGUUCCAGCACAAUGGGCCAGGGAGCCGCAGCAUGAGGGGCCUGACGGGGGGCAAGCUGCGGAGUGAUAGUACCAGCAGACUCUCCGGGUCUGUGGUUGGCCUGUAUGGCAUCCUACCUGAGAGAGGCAACAAUACAGUGUCUGUCAGGCAGGUUAUGUCAUUUGACAACUCCACAGUAGAUGUACUUUCUCCUGCUCUCCUGCCACGUGCCUCCACCUGUCCCAAAGGCACCUGUGAAACUUGCCUCACCCUUUCCAGUAAUUUUAUGGAGCAGCAGAAUGUGACAGUGGUCUCAGAGGCAGAGCAGCACAUCUUCAUGCCAUCAGUGGACCAUGUGGUGGUGGUGGGUCUCUUUCCCAUACAUGAGCCCUCCCCUGAUGGUGCAGACUGUAGCGUGGCAGUGAAUGGAGCCACCCUGCAGGAGGUAGAGGCCUUCCUGUGGGCGGUGGAUCAGAUCAACCAGCAUGCCCAGCUGCUGCCCUCCACCACCCUCGGGGCACUUGUCCUGGACACCUGCGGCUCAAGGAUCCGCACUAUGAACCAAGUCACAAGCUUGGUCAAGAGUUCACUACCAGGAAUCAACAUAAACCUCGAUGAUGUGCGUGCACUGGUGACCUCACUUGACCCAGAGACAGCACGAGUGGCAGGGGAGAUGCUGUCCUCCCUCAACGUGACCUCCAUUAACAUGGGUCCCUCGCAGGCACACUCACCUUAUACCCUGCAGAUGAGUCCUCCCAUCAACAUGGAAGCAGAGGCCAUGGUGCAGAUACUGCGUUUCCUUGGCUGGGAUUAUGUGUCACUGGUUGUGUCAUCUGAAGACACAGAAAAUGUGGCUGGUGCUGAGGCAUUUCGCACUGUGGCCCAAGCGUCCAGGAUAUGUGUGGCUCUUGAUCUCAAGAUGGCCCCUCUUGAUCCUCUGGCUUCUGCCACCCUUGCUGACCAGAUGGUGGAACAACUGAUAGAAAAAGCAGCAGGUGGUGCUCGGGGCCUUGCCCUCUUCCUGACCCUUGAGGACACACGAGUGUUGCUCCGAGCAGUGCAGCGUGCAGUAGUGACCAGCCGACUCCUCAGGCACCAACUGGUCCUGCUUGCCCCCUCAACUUGGGGCAACAACAAAGAAAUGCUUCAGGAAUUUGAGGGUGACCUGGGUGGAGUGUUGGUGCUGAGAGAUGGUCAGAGGGACGUCAGGGAUUUCAUUGCUCACUACCGCCUGCUCACCCCUGAGAAGAACACCCGCAACCCUUGGUUCACCCAGUACUGGCGGCAGGAGUUUGGUUGUGUGGGUGAGGAGUGCCAUGAGGGAGUGCCACUCCCUGUGGUGCCAUACAUCUCGAUGCCAUCAACACCACGUGUGGUGCAGGCACUGUUCUCAUUUGGAGCAGCCCUCACCCAGCUGAUUGAACACCUCUGUCCCCAACAUGAUGGCACUCUCUGUCCUGGUUUGCCUAAGUGGCGGCAGAGAACUGUCCUCAAUGAAUUUCUGCGCAACACUGAGGUUUCGCGUGUGGACAAGCCAUCUGAGUACUUCCAGUUUACGGAGAAUUUCCAUGGCAAUGCCCCCUUGGAAGUGCUGAGCCUUGUCCGCCGCCCCUCGUCCCAGCUGUCUCCCACCUAUGAGUAUGAGAAGGUGGGCAGAUACGUGGACAGCCGCCUAACUCUUGGCAAUGCAAUGAUGGAGUACCACAAUGGCUCUUUCACUCGUAUGGAUGAGAUGGCUUCCACCUGCCUAUCCAGCUGCUCCACCUGCCAUCACCAGGCCUCAGAUUACCUGUUGGUGGACUCCCCAGAUAAACUGUACCUGGCAGUGACUCUCAGUGUGCACCAGAAGGGUGAGCGACCCCUGGAGUGUGGCAGCCUGGAUGGGGACAAGGGAAUCCAAGGUGUUGAGUCAGUGCUGUGGGCUCUGGACCGCCUCAACAAUGACCCCAAAGUGCUGCCAGGAGUGACCCUUGGUGCCAUUGUGCUAGACGCCUGCCGCAGUAAGGAGAAGAUUGUGAGAGAUCUGACUAACUUCCUCACUGGACGCACCUCAGAGAGUGUGAGGAAGAAGGUGCCCUCAGUGGACAGCAUCAUGGGACUGGUGGCUGCUGGGGAAGGAGAGGAAGUGCGGCAGGUGGUGGACGUCACACAGCCCUAUGCCAUCACCACCAUUGCCACACAGGCCACUGCCACUGCCUAUGCCAACACCCACCGCUUCCCUACCAUGCUGCGCCUUGCCCCUCCCAACAGUGUGGUGGGACGGGCCAUUGCUUCCCUGUUGCUGUAUUGGCGGUGGGAAGUGUUCAGCAUUGUGUACUCAGAAAGCAACACUCAGACUGACAUUCAGAAGCAUCUGGUGAAGGCAACAGAGACCCAUGGACUGAAGCCAAUCCUGAAGGAGGCCAUUCCUCUCAAGGUGGAGGAAGGGGAAUACAUGCUGGCAGUGUGGCGGCGGCUGGCUGAGGCGGCAGCAGCAGGUGCUCGUGUGGUGGUGGCACUGCUGGAGCCUCACCAUGCUGGCCCCUUCCUCCAAACGGCUGCUGCGUUGCGUGCCCGCGGCCUGGUCCAUCAAGGAGACCUGGUGUUUAUCAUGGCUGAGUCCCCCUGGCCCUACAUCAACCAUGAGAGUGAAGCACUGGGCAUGAUGGUGGUGCAACCUAUCAGCAGCCAUGUGCCGGAGUUCCAGAGUUAUUUCAAGAGCCUAUCCUUGGCUAACCACACCGCCUACCCGUGGUUCCAUGAGUUCUGGGCACAGACCUUCCGCUGUCAGGGUGCCAGCUGCUUCACAGGGGCAGCACGCAAUCUCUCCAACUAUAAACUGCACCAGGCAGAAGAGGUGGUCAACACAGCCAGUGCUGUCACCCUUCUGGGCCAUGCUCUGGAGAGGUGGCGGCGAGAAGCGUGUCCAGGACUGGCCAGUGGAGUGUGUGAGGAGUUGACGUCCGACUCACAAUUCCGAGACAAGCUCUUCAUGUACACACGUUCGCUAACCAGCCACGGGGCAGAUGAUCGCCCCAUAGCCUUCACUGUGGAGGGCCACAACAGUGUUGCUGCCUUGCAGAUACUCAACUUCCGGCACAUGGAGAAUCGUGGAAGCUCUGGGUUGGUGCGAGUGGGCAUGUUUAGCGAGGGGGAGGGCCUGGCACUCAAUGGUUCCCUAGUGAUGACCUAUGAUGCAGAGGGGCGGGCAAAAGGCAUGGCAGAAGUGCGCUCAAGGUGCCUUGAUGUGGAAAUAUGUGGGAGCAGUGGAGGCACGGCAACCACUCGGGCACCUCGAAGGAACACUCAGUAUCUGCAGAUGUUCCCACACCAAAGGUUUGGCAUAAGUGGCCUUGUGCCUUACCACCAGCAAGGCCAGACAUUUUUCUCAUGUGGGGCAUUUGCAGGUGAAAGAAUCUUCCAGAAUGUAGCAGCAGUGGCAUAUGCACUUACCCGCAUCAACACCAAUGAUGCUGGGGUAGGUCUAGGUGCUGUGCUCUUUGAUUACUGUGAUCGCACUGAGCGAGCAAGGGAGAGAGUCUUUAGCUUCUUCUCUGGUGAGGCUCAGGAAGGUGACAGUGGCCUGCUGCUUGGGCCAGGUCACAUAGUGGCCUCAGUAUCUCUAGAUGAUGAAGCUGCAGAGGCAGUUUCCAACAUUUUGGCAGCAAAUCACAUCCCACACUUCAGCUCACCUGUUGGUAGUAUUCACCUUGGUGACCGCACUGAUGAGACCAUCUUAACUAGUGUGCCGUCACGAACUGCCGAGCUUCGGGCACUUCUGGCAGUGGCACGCAGCUUUGGAUGGACUUUCCUUAGUGUGGUGUAUGAUAAUGAUGAAGAUGGAAGAUUCCUCAUGGAAACGUUUCGACAAAUGGCUUGGGCUGAAGAUGUGUGCCUUGGAGAUUCCCUGGGCAUGCCUCAGCGAGUGUCUGAGGAAUAUGCACGACAGGUGGUGGAAACUCUCGCAGCUGGCUGGAAACCCCAUGUCGUGGUGCUUCUGAUGGAUGCUGCUGACAACAUCCGUAUGGUUGUACAGGCAGCUGAACGGCUCGGCCACGCAGAGCGCUUCACCUUCCUGGCUGGACCUGCAUGGGGCAACAAACCAGCUGUCACUGGAAACUUGAAUAGAGCAUCUGCUGGAGCCCUCACCCUCACCACUGAAACCUAUGACCUUCCUGACUUUCGUUCCUUUGUGGCCAACUUAACAUUGGAUUACCAUGCACCAAUUCCAGAUGAGUGGUUUGAAGAGUAUUUCCAGUAUAAGUUCCAGUGCCGCUUGUCUGCCAGCAGUCGAGUUCAGCGGCAGUUUGUGAGAGAGUGUCUUGGCACAGAGCACGUACAUGCUGAUGAGCUGGUGCAGGAUCCCUUUGUCUUCCACACAGUGCUGGCCAUCAAUGCUGUGGCUCAUGGUCUUGACAAUUACCUCACCCAACAUUGUGCUGAGGCUCAAACCAUUGAAGAGUGUGAAGUAGUCCAGCCAGAGCUGCUGCUGGAAAUACAGCGGCAGAGCAGACUGACUCUCAACAACACUGCCAGUCAUGGUGAUGCAGAUGCCUAUGGGUACCAUCUCUGGAACUAUCGCAAGUUGGGAGCUGAAUAUGGAUAUGUUAGUGCUGGUGGUUGGCAGAAUGGCCAUUUACGUUUAGAGAAACCUGGCCUAGAGUUCAAAAUAGGAGGCUUCCCUCCAGAUUCUAGCUGCCAAGGAGGGGCAUGUGUGGAGGUGUGUGCUCCCCAGUCACCAGUGUAUGCAGCCAUGGCCCUGCCUAAACCUCUUCCCAUUGACUUCAACUUCCACACAGUGUAUGGCAUCACCACAGCCGUGCUUAGCCUGUUAGGGGUUAUGGCCUCACUAUCCUCCCUCAUCUACCUCAUGGCCACCUUCCCCCCUGCUGCUGGAGCUCCUGUGUUGGGCUGCCUUGUGCUCACUGGCUGCUUCAUGGUCUUUGCUGCAAACUUUGCCCUCAUCUUCCAACCUACUGCAGGAACAUGUGCUGUGCGCAGAUUCCUGCCAGGUUUGGCCUAUGCUCUCAUAUAUGCUUCAUUGCUGGUAAAGGCACUCCAUGCCUAUCGUCUGGCCUCAGUUUCUGCUACUCGAGACAACAGCAGCAACAGUGACAGUGGUAGCAGUGGAAAAAAUCCUCUCUUGGCCAGGAUGUGUGGCCAAAUUGUGGUGACACUAGCAUUAGUUGUGGUUCAGCUGGUACUGGGCAUAGCCUGGCUUACCCUUUACCCUCCUGAGGUGGACCUAUUGGCUGAUACCUGGUAUUGUUCCCCAGCAGAGGAGUUUGAGGCAGAAUUGGUCACUUCUCUGGCCUAUGUGAUGGUACUACUGGCUGCCACAGCAGGCCUGUGCCUGGAAGCAUGGCACUCUGGCAUAGCCUCCAAGGAGACACGUUGGAUGUUAGUAGCAUCACUCUUCUCCAUAGUCAGCUGGUGUGUGUGGACAGUGGCUGCCACACAGGCACCACGCCACCUCAGAGAUCCAUCCAUGGUGAUAGGCAACCUAGUUUCAGCCUCUAUAGUGUUGGUGCUCCUGAUGGUGCGUCAGGUGCACCUCUACAGCCAGUUCAGCCGUGAUGUGAAGGAGUUGGAGAUGCGGUCACACUACACAGCGGCCACCUCUCUGUGCAAUGCUUCACUCAAUGCACAAAAGGUGCCCCCUGAUGGCAGCCCUCGCCUUCCUCCCGGCCUAGAUCUUGGUGGGCCUGGUAUGCCCACCCGCCAGUUUGUAGGAGACCAGGAGGUGAGCUUCCGGACAGUGACUCUUCCCCCAGAAGUUCCGCACAGUCGCUUGUCCUCCUGCCACUCCGCUGCUACCUCUCGCCGCUCCCUCCGACUCUCCCUCUCUGAUGAACUCCCAGAUGACCUUCUCUUUGGUUUUGAGUCAUCUGAGGAAGACUUUCCCAUUGAUGCGCAGCACCCUAGUGACCCAGAGGAGGGGGCAACUGGGAGUGGGGAAGGGAGAGAUGGAGAGCGUGAGGGACGCCUGCCAUCCAUUCGUCGUGUGGGGUCAAGGCAGAUGCUGGUCUUCCUUACUGAUGGAAAUACUAUAGGAGAUGUGUCAAGGAUCUAGAUUAAUGCUGACUUCUGUGACACACAACAGGAAUUAAAGACUAAACAAGUCAGACAGAGUUUAAGGAAAUCCUCUGAUCUGUUCAGUAAUGAUGAAAAAGACUGAUUAAAGAAAACAUUGAAGAGCAGUGCAGCACUACAUUUGCUACAUCUGUGACUACUUCCUUCCCUCAUUAAAAAGAAAAGCAGUUACUGAAGUGAAGUCACCAUACUAAGUGGAGAUAUUAUUGAAAGUAGGAGAGUUAUCAAAUGUAUGAAAAAUUUACCUGGCCCCAGUUCUUGAAAAUGAAAACAGUUGCCAGUGUGGUGUGAAAAUUGUCAAAAAAUCCCUCACAUGAUGUGUAGCCAUGAUAAGAAAAAGAUGCCAUAAAUCUUUUCAUUUGGUUCAUAAACUCCAAUACUAUUAGUAUUGAAUCACGUGAAAUCACAUUGUGCAACACACCUUCCCAAGGAAGACAUCAUCCUAAAAAAUAGGGCAAAAAAUAAAAAAUCUUGGGGACAGAAUUUAUAGAUGUAUAUCUGCAGUAAUAAAGCUGAUGUAUUGGGACCUUGUUGGUUAGUGACUUGAAGAUAUAAAAGCAACGAACAGUUGAUGCAUUUAUGUAAGCCAUGUUUAAAGACUUCUCACCUUCACCAGUGCUUGUAAGAUUGUAAGAAAAAAUAAGGCUCCACCAUUGGACCUUUUCUAUAUUUGUGCCAGAAGAGGAUUUACUUUUUUCUCGCCCUCUAUGUCAUUUGGUCUCAGGCUGGUGGAUGGGACUAAUGAUGAAAAUAUAUUUUUUUAUGUAUAUAAAUGUAUGUACUGUAUGUAACUUCAUAGGAAUAUUUGUGCCUUCACAGCUUUGUACUUUUGCAGUGUGAAUACAUUUUGUCAAAUCACCUUGACAGCUCAUCAAAGCUUCUUGUGGAAUUGAUAAGGAAUGAGUAGAUUAAGAAUACUGUCAUUAAGCAACUGAUGUUUCCUUCAUUACUUGUCCAGAUUCACUGACCAUUGCAGGAUGGAAAUGAAUGGGGAGAAGGAGACACUAAGAGGUGCUCAUUUUCUCCAGCAUACACUGUAGAAAGGACUAUAAUCUCCAAGACAUGAAAGGGGUAGACUUUGUUUUAUAUUGCCUCUAUUAUGUAAAAGAUAAAAAAAUUAAACAUUCUCUCUCUCUCUCUCUCUCUCUCUCUCUCUCUCUCUCUCUCUCUCUCUCUCUCUCUCUCUCUCUCUCUCUCUCUCUCUCUCUCUCUCUCUCUCUCUCUCUCUCUCAUUGAGAUAGAAAGUAGAAUGCUGUCUUGUCUUGUUUGAGUUCUCUGUUGCAACACACUGGAAUGCAGAGACAUGCAUACUUACUCAAAAUCCUCAUGUCCCUUAUCCUGGUGAUAGAAAGCAACACAUAAACUGUUUCCCUUCCUCCAACUUGCAUCCUUCCAGUGUUUAUUUCAGAGUUAGUGUUUCAUCAUGGACUUCAUUAGGAAAUGUCAAUAUUUAUAUGUGAUAUAUAUUAUAUUCUGCAUCUUUAGCUGUGGCAUAAAGACAUACUGUGUAUAUAAUGAAAAGCUUUUUGAUGCCAUGUUAUGACUGUAUAUAGGUUAAAAUUAUUUUACAUAAAAAAGGCAUUUAAUGUAUAUUUUGCAUUUAUAUGAAUGUGAUAUAAAUGAUGUUUAAAAAAAAAAUUUGUAUGUUCAACACAACCUAUAAUGGGGAUUCAGUGUUAUUCUUAGAAAGUAUAAAGAAAAGUUUAAAGUGAGAAUGGGAUUUAGGACAGUUAAAGAAAGAUGAAAUUUAUUUUAUUUAUGAAGGAGAGUAAAAAAUUCAUAGAACUAGAAAGGGAAAAUCAAUGUGAAGCUUACAUGAGAUGUGACACAGGCACCACAUGAGUUUAUGAGGUGAGGGGGGCAGGCACAGCAAAAUUGUGAGUGAGAGAGAGUAUUUGAAAGACUGAUAAGACGCAAUUCCCAGAUGAAGUAAAUUAAACUACUGUAAUGAAUAAUUUUCCAAAAGUUACUUAGAGUCAGUGAAAUGUGAAUAAUAAGAUGGUGUAAGACUGGUGGAGCAAACUUGCAAGAGGAAAAAUUAUGUACAUAAGGAAUAUGAACUCAU